AUGUUUGAAUCUUCGGAGAAUUCUAACACAACUAUUGAAGUUAGUGAUGAAUCCAGCAAACCACUAGAGAAUCCACCAAAUGAUACACAACCACAAUCGGAAGAAAAAGGAUUGUUAACUAAACUAGAUUUGGAAAAAUUGGCUGAAAGAUUAACCGAUGUUGGAGUUAAACCAAAGGUAACCUUCGAUGAUGAAAAAUGGUCAAAAAUAUGUAAGAUAACUAGAAACAUUUUGUUGGCAAAUAUAAAACAAUAUAAUAAUGAUAGUUAUAAAAGGGAAUUAUCAAGCUCGAGUCCAGUAAUUCUUUCACAUGAUCUGAAAGUUCCAUCUGAUCACACCCCUGCCCUUCCAGAGCCAUCAAUUGAGUUAUGGAAUCUUAACAUACUAGAAUUCAUAUCACUCUCCUCAGGCUGUAAAAGGGAUGGAUUAAACCUUUCAUUCAAGAUUGUGGAAUCCACUCACUAUCACCAUAAAUUUCCAGACCACCCUCAUGGGAAACAUAAAGUCAUGAAUAAAUUACCACCGAUAACAAUUCAGGGUAAACAAUUCAAAUAUGACUCAGCGCAAUUGAUUUCAAUGAUCCAAAAAUCCCAAAGAUAUCCCAUGUACGAAAAAUCAAUGAGUGAACUCAAGGGUAGAGUUUUGGAAAAAUACAACUUGAAGGGAGAAGUUAAGAUACCUCCGAACUGGGAAAAGAGAGUUGGUUAUGAAACUUCAAACUGGGAUAUGCCUUCAAGUUGUAAUACAGGUUCAAUUUUCUCCUUAGGUUCACUUAAAAAUGAUAAAAAAGCAUCAAGUGAUCCGGAUAUUGUUUCUGCAAAUAAUGCUCUAAAAAACUUGUCGUGCUUGGUUCCAGGCUUUCAAUACGCUAAAAAAACACAACCUGAAGGGAGUAGCGAAGACGUUACACAAAUGAACAUAAGCGACAUCAAUAACUUCUCAUUCGUAGACGAUGACGUCGACGAUUCAUUGAAAUGCUCAAGGUUUAGCAAAUUCUUCAAGGUUCUGAAAGAUCAUCAGGUACAAACAUAUCCAACAUCCACAUUAAAAUUUAGGAGAAUAAACAGUAACCAUCACCAUAAUUUAUCACAUUUUUAA